GGCACGCAUGCGCCCUAGUUUGGGUCUCGGUUAAACUGAGGUCUUUGUUAGAACAAGCAGAUUCAUCUUUAUUUUUUUGUAUCUACUUUAAGCGACGUUACGUUGAAUAUUCGUGGUAAUAGCUGUUGAUGUAAUCGUCGAUGUAGGUUACGAGUACUUAGAUUACCUCGAAAACGCGUUGAUGUAGGAUAGGGUAACAAUAUCGGAUGUACACAAAUAAAACCAACGCUCUUAUUUAAGGUGGUUUAAGGUAUAGUUUGCAGUUGAGAAGCUGACUGAUUUAUAAUUUUGUGAUAUUCAAUUCAAAUCGUAAUUGAAAACAUUUGUUGGUGCACAACGCACAACACAAAAAAAGAAACAUGCGGCUCUUUCAUAGUUGAAAGCAGUGCGGCUCCGUUUGUUUGCAAGCUACCAUGAAAGACGAGGGGAAUAUUUCUUCGGAAAGGCAGCCCAUGGCACACGAAAGUGGGAUUGAACUUUCCAGCUGCCUCCUCAAAUCAGCGGAGAAGGGGACAGAGAGAGAAAUUCUGUGGACCAAAAUCGUCCCCUGUUUGGCAAGAAUAUAAGCGAAUCAUUGAGAAUUGCGGCGUGAUGGAAACCGUCGGCAAGUUCGAGUUCGGUAGGAAGGACCUCAUAGGACAUGGGGCAUUCGCAGUGGUGUUCAAAGGCAGACAUCGCGAGAAAUAUGACUGGGAAGUUGCCAUUAAAUGUAUAAAUAAGAAGAACUUGGCCAAAUCCCAGACACUGUUAGGAAAGGAGAUUAAGAUAUUAAAGGAACUGAAACAUGAAAACAUCGUCGCGUUGCAUGAUUUCCAGGAAACUGCGAGUUCUGUGUAUUUGGUGAUGGAGUAUUGUAAUGGAGGAGACCUGGCUGACUACCUGCACUCCAAGGGCACUCUGAGUGAAGACACCAUCCGGGUAUUCCUGCAGCAGAUAGCAGGUGCCAUGAGAGUCCUGCAGGCAAAAGGCAUCAUCCACAGGGACCUGAAACCCCAGAACAUCCUGCUGUCCCACCCGGCGGGCCGCAAGUCCCAAUCCAACACCACCUGCAUCAAGAUAGCUGACUUUGGCUUUGCACGACACCUCCAGAACAACAUGAUGGCAGCCACACUCUGUGGCUCCCCCAUGUAUAUGGCUCCAGAGGUCAUAAUGUCUCAGAACUAUGAUGCCAAGGCUGACCUGUGGAGUAUAGGAACUAUUGUGUUUCAGUGCCUGACAGGGAAAGCCCCAUUUCAGGCAAGCAGUCCCCAGGACCUCCGCUUGUUUUAUGAGAAAAAUAAGAACCUCAGUCCGAACAUUCCCCGCGAGACCUCCGGCCACCUCAGGCACCUGCUGUUGGGUCUGCUGCAGCGCAACCACAAGGAUCGCAUGGACUUCGAUGAGUUUUUCAAACACCCUUUCCUGGAGGCAAGCUCCACCAUGAAGAAAUCGGUGCCAGUGACUCUGACCUGUUUUCCCAGUUCAGCUUCAGCAAGCUCAUGUAGCAGCUCCUCCACCUCACAUCUCGCUUCUCCUCCUCAAUCCCUUGGUGAGAUCCAGCAGAAUCGAGUGAAAGUGAUGACGUCUCCUACCCAGGAUUCCCCCCAGGAUUCGGCUGGUGCAGGUGGCGGUAGUAGCAGUAGCAAGAACUCCUCCUGCGACACAGACGACUUUGUCAUGGUUCCGGCUCAUUUCCCCAGUGAGCUCACAUCUGAAAUGGCUUCAGGGAAAGUUCUUCAGGAUAGUCUGAUGUACAGUGGGUGUUCUCUCCUGGCGUCUGGAGGGCAGGCCAAGAGCCCACCACGCUCGCCCUCCUGCAGCAGCUGUGUGGGACCAGCAACAGGCAGGCCUGCUGAAUACUCCAUGAGUAACUAUGGCAACUAUGGUCAGUCUGUACCCAUUCCAGUGCCCACACAGAUUCACAACUACCAGCGCAUGGAGCAGAAUCUGCACACUCCCAACCAGGACAGUUCCCCACGGUCCACCCCGACGCGCCGCUGCAGCGGUGGUAGCCCUCUGGCCUGUGGGAGGACCGGCCCCUCUGCUCAUCACCCUGGUGGCUUUGCUCCAGCCCUGCACUCCCACAGGCUGUCUGUAGGGGGUGCCAAGCCCUUCCAGCUGACCCCACAUGUGCUCCAGCUUCCAGAGUCUAAGGCCCGGCCCCAGCAGCAAGGGCUGGGAUCGCGUCUCCACAGUGCUCCCUGCUUGCUGGAGGCUGCCGGCGGCUGCAAGCAGACGAUCAGAAAGCAGCACUCGGACCCAGUGGUGGCCCCUCAAGGAGGCAUGGUGGCCAUGAGGCCCCUGCAUUCCUCUCCCCGACUCAGCGAGCUGAUGCAGCGCAGCCCCUUGCCCACCAUCCUGGGCUCCCCGUCCAGAGUACGCUCCCCUUUUUCGGCUACGCCCCCGUUUGAGUUCCCCAAGCCGCCCAGCUCCCCGAACAUGCUCACCUUUCUGACCCAGCAGGCUUUGGCUCUCCCCUCGGCCGCCACCAGGCCCUCCCUGGUGGAGUGCGGUCGAUCUGCAUCCGGCCAGUUGGAGCAAGCCAAGGCUUUUGGAAGGUCCCAGAGUGCUGGCCGUCUGUCUGAUGUGCUGCUGAUGGCGGCGUUCGGGGGACAGCUGGGAGAUGGGGUCAGCGCGGAGAACCUCAGCCCCGACAGAGCCGUAGACGUCGCAGUGCCACCUGGUGGUGGGACUGUGGUGGUGGGCUCAGGCAGUCCAGCAAGAGUGCUGUUCACGGUGGGCUCCCCGCCCAGUGGAGGCACCCCACCACUGGCAUCUCGCUCCAGAAAGUUCUCAGCAGGCUCCCCAAGCUCCAUUAGCCCCAUGGGAUCCCUCACCAGCCGCUACCCCCUAGCAGGCAUGUGUUUGGAAGCCUACGAGGGUCCUUCGAGUCCCUGCUACGGCCUUGCCGACCCCAUGCCCUCCCUAGAGGGAGCUGUGACCUUUGAACCCCCCGAGCUUCCUGAGGAGACGCUGAUGGAGCAGGAGCACACAGAGACGCUUUGCCACCUCCGCUUCAUGCUGGCCUUCGCCCGCUGCAUGGUGGAGGUGGCCAGGACGAGGGGCGGCGAGACGGAACGGGCGGAGCCUUCCUCCGCAUCCUUGCACCAGCAGAACGUGGUGGCAGACCAGAUCAGCUCCCUGAGCCGUGAAUGGAGCUAUGCUGAGCAGCUGGUGCUGUAUAUGAAGACUGCAGAACUGCUGUCGAGUGCCCUGCACACAGCCAUGGAGGGGAUCAGACAAGGCAGGCUCUAUCCCUCCACCACUGUCAAACAGGUGGUCAGGAGGCUGAAUGAGCUGUACAAGUCGAGUGUGAUGGCAUGUCGCUCUCUGAGCGCACGCCUGGAGCGGUUCUUCUCCCGCAAGCACCGCCUGAUGGACCACAUCAACAGCAUCACAGCAGAGAGGCUCAUCUUCAGCCACACCAUACAGAUGGUUCAGGCAGCAGCUCUGGAUGAGAUGUUCCACCAGGGUGAGGCUUCAGUGCAGCGCUACCGCAAAGCUUUGCUGCUGAUGGAGGGCCUGUCCCUGCUGCUGACGGAGCAGGCCGACAUCCUCAGCAUCAGCAAGUGUAAGCAGUGCAUCGAGCGCCGUCUCACUGCCUUGCAGUCGGGCAUGUGUGUGUAGAGACUCUGCUUGGUCCCUGCUGCUGCAGCCAAGCGAGCCUACGUUCCUGCAUUCCUGUCAACCUCUCUCGGCUCGCCCUCCACACCUCUGGCCCUCUGUGCGCCUCCUUGUGUCCGGGACCACCCUGGCGUGUAAACUAAGAGGACGGAGCCCUCCCGGACAUGCACGCCAUGGCCGACUGGGAUGCCUGCAGUAAAGCUGAGGACCUGUUAUGGAGAGAGGCCGGACAUGAGUUCCAGCGCAGCCCUCUCUGAUACCGCACGCCAGUUAGAUAUUAGGCUCAUCCAGUUGCACAGCCAAUGAGCUGCAGACAGACGCAUCAUUUAUCCACAAUAGGCGUGUUCAAGCCUCCCCCACGUUCUCUCUGCAAGGCUGUCUCUAAGGAUACAUCUCUCCUCUUCUUAAAGGAUAAGCUGCACUGUGUAAACAUGUUUAUUUUCACAUAGGAUCAGAUUUCACUUUAUAAUGGGAAUGUGCAAUGACAGGUGGACCCUGCAUCUUCUUCAGCAGUUGCAUAUAAUCCUGACCUGAGACCAUCCAAUAGCAACACUAUAGUAAUGUUCAGCUCCCCAACCAGUCCCUUCAAGAGAAACUGAAAACCUUUAAGGUUGAUUUAUUCUUCUUAGGAAAGCCUCCUAGUUUUUGAAGUUGUAACUUUUAUCAUUUUAUUCUUCCCCUUCUGAUUUGUUUCUAGUUUGAAGAAGGUGUGUUCACUUAAUGAAUGUUUUAUACCACGACUGAAGGCUUUAAAAAUGGUUGCUGUUGAGAGGAUGCAGAGCUGUAUUUUUAGUAAACCUAGUUAAAGGCUUCAACCAGUCUGGGACUUCGACACUGGUGAUCCGCCCAUAACCAUGAAAGCACCCAAGCACUCAUGCUUUCUUUAAAAAGUAUUUUAGUUUGUGUAACCAGUGAGGCCAUGUGUAGCACUUUAGGGAAUGUUGACCAAGCUAAGAAGGCAUUGUUCGUUUCUAGUUUGUCGUCAAAUCAUGACCGUCAGAGAUAUGUAGACAUCUCUCGAGCACCAGUUUUUCACUUUUUUUCCCCCACAUAUCCAGUCAUGUUAUGUUGUGUUUGGCAAUCAUAUAUUUGUAUGGAUGAGUUUGCUUUUGAAGUGCGUGUGUAAAUGGGACUAUGCCCAGGUGACAGGCUGCAAAUUCACAGCAAAAAGGGAUGGAACCCAAUGCUUUUGUUAUUUGAAACUGUGUCAUUGUAGGUAUGCGUUUAUUUGAUGGUUUUCUGCUAUUUGAGGAGCUGGGUCAGGUGAUUGAAGACCAAUAACAUGCAGCGUGCUUUGCUUUGUGCAACAAGCUUUGCGACCUUCUGUUCCCUGUUCCGUACAGAGCUUAGCGUUUUCUGAUAGUGUAUGUCCACUGAGAUUUUUUUUCAGUAGAGAUCAAGAAUUUCACAGCCAUGCACACAGGGAGCUCGUUCUGACUUUUGCCACACCUAAUCAUGUUUUAGUCUGCUGGUUUGACCCACCUGCCAGCCUUAAAAUGGUUGUUGGUAGCCAGCUAUAUACUCUCUAAUGCAUGUGAUGAAUGUAGACUGUUCAUAACCUGGACCAGGUAACUAAGGGGCAGGUCUGGGCCUAAUACCUUCUUUAUGUUUACUGCUCUGUAUGAGGGCUCCUCAGUACUGUAGUGUAGGGAGAGACUCUGACAGGUGGAACGUGUAACACAACUUGCAAUGUUUGCUUUUAGAGUGUAUCCAGUGAGUACUUUUAAACUUGAGAUUUAAUGAUGUGUGCUGUCUUUUGAGGUGUGUGUGUGUGUGUGUGUGUGUGUGUGUGUGUGUGUGUGUGUGUGUGUGAGAGAGAGAGAGAGUGGGAGACAGGUUUAAGCUAUUUAAAAUGUGCCUUUCAAGAAAAAAAGCAAAAAUUGAAACACUGAAAAAAAAAUAGUUUGUUUUGGGGGUGGGGGCUUAAGUAUUUACUAGUAGUCAUGUGGAUUGAUGCCUGUGUUUUGAUGUUUGAUCAUAUUUGACUGAGUUGAGAUUAUAAUAAUGGCUUCAGCUAUGUUUGCGAAGUGUAGUUCGGAUUAUGUGUUUGGAUUGACUUUGUGAAAAGAUAAUUUAGAUAAUUAGUAUAUGCUAUACUUUAAUCAUAAGCGGACUUGGUUUUGGAAGGGUGAAGCAUUUUUUUGAUCGUUGAUGCAUAACAACGGCCAGUUACGAUAUGGACUGAGUAGAAUGCAUUACACGUGUCACUGUUCUGCCCAUAUUUCUCCACAUAAGUGUGUAAUUGUAAUUUGUGCAUUAUCAAAUGCAUGGGAUUUCCUGUGGGUUCUGACAAUGUUCCAAAGACAUUGGGCUGUUUAUUUUUUUAAACUUGUUAUUGAUAUUUGUGUUAGAAUCUUUACAAGCUAAUGUUCAUUAGCUUUGAAGACCCUUUGAAGCUAAUGUUGGUUAAUGUCAGAUCAGCUAGAUCAUCUGAUUGUGUGUACUGUAUCUUAACUCUCUGAAAGUUCCUAAAUAAUAUUUUGGCCAAUAUGUGAAGUCUUGGCAGUAACUGAAGUAAUCUUUUAGUUUAAGCUGCACUAAUAGUCAUGGGAGACACUAAUCGUGCUUGAGGUCAUCUCACCAACCCCAAGUAUUUUCAGUACUCUGUGUACCUACCAGAAAGGUGACUUCUUUGUUGCUUUGGUGAUAUUUUACCUUGAUCUCCAAGUACCGUUUGUAAAUAAGUAUUGUAAAUUAUUGCACCAAACAUGUAUAUACACAAAGCCGACUCAUUUAAGAUGUACUCUCUGUUUCAUUCACCCACCAAAGAGAAAGCCGUUCAGUCUCCUGCCUGUCAUUCCACUGUUAAGCAUUUCUUAUAGUCCACUCAGUAAUAACUUGAGGAAAUGUACACAUUAUUUCAGUGUCUAUAUACCAGGUGUAACUUUCUGCUUUAAAAGGUACAACACAAAUAAAAGCAAGAUGAUUCAAA